GUUUGUCGGAUGCAUAUAUAUUGGGACUAAUCCACCGAAUGCACAACAGACAAAAGCUUCCUAAAUAUGUACCGAGGCUAUUCGCUUAUAUUGUUGAUGACGUUAUGUUCAAUGGUGAGCAGUUGCAACAACUCUCAGCAAACACCUCGGGAAGCUUGUGAAAGAGAAUGCGACAGAGCGGCUUCUCGAACUGGGGGGCGGUAUAAUGUCGUUGAUAAGAAUUUAAAGCAUAAUUGUGUAUCCAAAUGCCCGGUGGACACACCAAUUUUGGUUUCAGAGUGACGUGGUUGGCAUCUAGCAACUUGCUUAUCUAUGAUUCACGUCAACUGACAAAUUACCUUACAAUUCAGUAACAUUUUGUUUCACAAUACAUAAAAUUAAUGGCUCUA